UGGGUGAGUCAAUUCAUGGAGUGCGCAUCUAUUGAUUUCCUUACUGGCCCAUCACCUGCAACUGAUCAAUCAUUAGAUAAUGGAAGUGCUAAUGUCCGGGUGGCAUAUCAGGGCUCAUCUGGUACGGCCACUGAGGAAAUGCUGCUUAAGGCCUUCCCAGAUUGUAUAGCCGUUCCAUGCAAAAAGUUUGUGGCUGCAUUUGAGGCUGUUGAGUCUUCACUUGCCGACAUAGUUGUUCUUCCAAUUGAAAAUUCAUCCGCCGGAAGCUUCCACCAGAACUAUGACUUACUUCUUGGUCAUAAUCUGCAUAUUGUGCAAGAAGUUCAAGUGGAUAUAGAGCUGUGUCUCUGGGCUCUUCCAGGGGUGAAGAAGAAUGAUUUGAGAACGAUUUUCAGCCAUCCAGAGGAAUUUGCUCAGUGUGAGCACUCACUCUCUAGUUUAAGUGUUGUAAAGAAAAAUGUUGAUUACUGUGCUGCCGGUGCCAAGAUUAUAUCCAUGCAAAAUUUAGGAGACGCUGGAGUUAUAGGCAGUGCUCAAGCGGCAGAAUCAUACGGGCUUAACAUAGUAGAAUGCGAUUUUCAGGAUGCUUUACCCAAUCUCACAAGAUACUUGGUAUUGGCCAAAACUGCUGACAUCCCCAAGGAAUAUGGCCAAUAUAAGACAAGCAUCGUUUUUGGUCUUGAAGAGGGCUCUGGCAUACUUUUCAAGGCCUUGAGUGCAUUUUGGAUGAGAGACAUAAGUUUGGCAAAGAUUGAGAGCAGACCAAAUAAGCGCAAACCAAUGAGGACUCAAGGAACUGAAAAGCACUUCAAUUACAUUUUCUAUGUUGAUUUUGAAGCAUCAACAGCUGAAGCCCGUGUGCAAAAUGCCUUGAAGGAUCUAAAGGAAAUGGUGACGUUCCUGCGUGUCCUUGGCUGCUAUCAAAUGAGAGAAACCGUAUUUACUGCACCAAGUUGUGAACUCUCAGUUUCUUCAGCCUGAAGAAGCCUGAAAGCAAUACUCUAAUUGCCCACCAUGAAGGCGAAAGUGUAGAAUGUGGGCGUGUGCCAUGUGAACAUUGAUAUCAUCUAUUAGCUCAGAGUAGAAACAUGAGAUUUGGAGCUUUCUCAGGACAACAAAAGUUACUUCUGAUUGUCAGAAAUGUGCUAUUUUGUCAUGCUUGGACGUCUCUUUCAUCAAAUGCCCAUAUGAUUACACUUCACAUUCUUUUAGGAUGGCCGAAUUCAAAUCUAGGUAGAUGAAAUUUAGGUAUAAAUCUUUUCCAGAAACUUUAUCAACCUGCAUAUUCAUACCACGGCACAGCAGCUGUGAAAAUAAUCCAAUUUGUUGUCAA